AUGGAGAAGUUAGAGAAGGCCCGAGCAGCUUGUCAAGGAUGGCUGUCAAGAGUGUGUGUCAAGAUGGACAGACUCCUAGCCAAGAGCCCCCCAGCAACCUCCAGUGAGUUAGUAGAAGUUCUGGAAGAGUUUGAUAAGAGGCUUAACAAGUUAGAAGAAGUGCAGUCAGAGAUAGAAUUGGAGAUAAGUCCUGAGGCACUAGAGGAGUACUUGGACAAGGCAGAUGCAGUCAGACAGCAAGCCAGGCAGAAGAGAUUGUUGUGUGCUGACAAGCUUAAGAAACUGGCUGAGGGUGAUAAGGACAAGUCGGAUUCUUCAAGUACCACAGCCCCUCUCCAUGCAAAACUUCCCAAGCUAGAACUACCUAGAUUUGACGGUGACCUGAAGCAGUGGCAGAGUUUUUGGGAACAGUUCUCCUCACACAUAGACGACACUGAGCUGCCCACCAUUAGUAAGCUAACCUAUCUACUGUCACUACUAGACGGCACUGCUAAGGACGUGGUGGAAGGAGUGCCGCACACCUGCGCCAGCUACAAGACCGUCGUCGACCUGCUGAAGCAACGGUUUGGCAAGUCGGAGUGCAUCAUCCACGCCCACGUCCAGGCUCUCCUUGAUCUACAAGUUCCGGUCCACCAAGGCAAGACCUACAUCCUACAGCUGUGGAGACUUCGGGACGAGGUGGUCAAGCACACGAGGAGUCUAGAAGCCCAAGGAGUUACAGGCAAGCAAUGUGAAGUGCUACUAACCCCCAUGAUUGUUUCCAGACUGCCCACAGAGUUAAGGUUAAACUGGUCAAGGGAUUGUAGUGGACAUGAAAGUGAUCUUGAGUGGCUUCUUAGUUGGCUUCAAAGGGAGAUUGAAGUGAUAGAAAGGAGUGAAAUGUAUAAGGGCAAUGUUAAGAGUUUAGAAGGAAGGAAGGGUAGUAAGGAUAGUAAAGAAGUACAUAAGGGAAACAAGGAAAAAUUGUUCACAGCCUCGGCUUUACAUGUGACUUCCCCGCCUGAAAGAUCAGAUUGUGUGUUUUGUAGUAAGAGAAACCACAAGUCUGAGAAGUGCUACAAGUUUCUGGUGUUGGAUGGGCAGCAGAGGUUUGACAAGAUAAGGGAAUUGGGUGUGUGUUUUAGAUGUUUAAAUAGUGGUCAUAAGUCUAGAAGUUGUAAGGCCAAAUGUUCCAAGUGUCGUGGUGACCACAAUAGUACCAUGUGUGGUGUUAAGUUGAGUGUGGUCCCUAAGGCCGAAGUAGAGGAGAGUAAACAGACGGGCACCCAAACCCUUGCGAUGUUGUCAGGCCACUACAGGAACAAGACUGUGUUACAAACAGCUAAGGUAAAGGUAGUGAACCAUAAGGGGGAUAUUGUUACUGCAAGGCUGAUGUUUGACAAUGGCUGUGAUAGGUCAUAUGUUACCAAUAAGUUUGUAGGAAGAUGUAAACCUGAAUGGGUCACCAAUACAGAAGUCCCUUAUAGUUCCUUUGGUGGCCAUAGCUCAAGCAAGUGUGUACAAAGUAGUCUAUACAAGUUGAAGCUUUUAGAUGAUAAGGGUGAUUUGUUUUCCCUUGUGUUGGCAGGCAUUCCCAUUAUAUGUGAACCGCUAAUUAGGCCAGUAGUACCAGAACACAUUUUAAGUGCCUUUAAUCAUUUAAAGUUUGCAGAUGACUUUGACCAUAGUUCUCCUUUAGACUUAGAUAUCCUUAUUGGUCUGGACUACUACUGGAGCCUAGUAACGCCUAGUGAUGCAGUUCAAGUGGGGUUGACAGUUGCCCUGAAAUCAGUGUUUGGCUGGACCUUGAGUGGAAACACUGGUAAAAUUUCUGACACUACAGGUGUGCCUUUACUGCCAACCUUUAAACCUUCGUCACCUCAACUCUUGUGCAUCUCUAAAGUCACUGAUGCUGAUAUGUCUAACUUUUGGGAUUUGGAGACUAUUGGCAUAAGUAGUAGCAAGGAAAGUAAGGAAGACGUUAGAGAUAAGAUUGUUCAAGAAUAUAGUGAUAAGAUCAAGUUUGUAGAUGGUAGAUAUGAAGUCCACUUGCCGUGGAAAGACAACCCGUCUGUGUAG